CGCUGUCCGCUGACCCUCCAGCGGUUCUGCUUUGCCUAGGGUCAGUCGCCUUCCUCGCUUAUCGUGGCACUGAUGCGCGCAGCCUGCUACGCAGUGCGUCCUCGACCUCAGAAAACGACGGUAAAGUUUUGAUCGAAGACGGAAAUCCCACUCCUGACCUAGGCUGCUGGCCCGACGUCGGCUAUGGCGGACACAGCGCGGCAGCCGCCGAAAGCUAUCCAACAGCAGUUCGGCCACACUGCGGUGAACGACAACAGCCUCUUGUUUCAGGGCAUCGUCCAUGGGGAUGUCCAUCUGAAUCAACGACCAGUGACCCCGCCGAGCCCGACAGCGAUCAUACCCUUCGGCCGCGACCCAGACUUCGUCGACCGAAAAGAAAUCGACCGGGUGCAUGAGCUGUGUGCCAAGCCAGCAUCGCAAACAGCUCUCCUUGGCUUGGGUGGUGUCGGCAAGUCGCAGAUUGCCAUCGAGUAUGCCUACCGAGUCCGAGAACGAUCGCCCGAGACAUGGGUUUUCUGGAUUCACGCGAGCAACGCGGCCCGCUACGAACAGAGUUUCCGAGACGUCGCCGAGUACCUCAAGAUUCCCGGGCGACGAGAUUCCCAAAGCAACAUCUUCGAACUCCUGUCACAUUGGCUACGCGAAGAGAAAAGAGGAAAAUGGGUGGUGAUUUUGGACAAUCUAGACGAAGCUGGCUUUUUCUUCGACGUCUCUCAUGUCGGCAGUGCCGGACAGUCGCAGAAUCAAGGGCGAAGUACACCACUCAGAUCAUAUCUUCCCUAUUGUCAACAUGGAGCCGUUCUUGUCACUACCAGAAGCAGGGAUGUGGCGUUCCGACUCGUCGAAGAAUGUAACAUUGUAAGGAUCGAGCCCAUGAACGCGAUUGACGCGUUGUCUCUGGCAGAAAAGAAGCUCGGAGGGCUAGUGAGGCAGACGGACAUCGAAAGCACCCAAGCUCUUAUCAAGGCACUCGAGUACAUGCCUCUGGCGAUCGCCCAAGCGACGGCCUACAUAGGUCACAAGACGCCGCGGUGUUCUAUCAAACAAUAUCUUGAGAAGUUUGAGCAGGGCGAUCGGAAGAAGGUCGGUCUUCUCGACUACGAUCGAGGGCAGCUACGCCGGGACCGCGAAGCCAAGAACUCUAUAAUCACUACAUGGCAAAUCUCAUUCGAUCAUAUUCGCGAAGCUCGACAGUCAGCAACCGACCUGCUCUCGCUCAUGAGUUUCUGUGAUCGGCAGGGUAUCCCGGAGAGUCUGCUACGAGCAUCUGACUAUGAGGGGACCGCCAUCGGGUCACACCAAAAGGGCAUCAGUAUAGCUGAUUCGGAAGACGAGAAGCAUACUUAUGGUAAGGAGCCCAGUGAUGACGAGAGCGACUCGGAUUUCAGUGCUGCUGAGGCAUUCGAGCAAGACCUUUCGACGUUGAUGGACUACUCGUUCAUCUCUACAAGCGAUGGUGGGACAUUCCAAAUGCAUAGACUGGUCCAGCUGGCUACGCGGAAGUGGCUUCAGGCGAAGGGUCAGGAGGAUAGGUGGAAGCACGAGUUUAUUGAUCGCCUCGCCUCACAAUUUCCAACAGGGGAGUACGAGAACUGGUCAAAAUGUCAAGAGCUGCUGCCACAUGCCACGUCCGCUGCAGCACAACGGCCGAAGACAGAAGAUUCGUCGGCCGCGUGGACCGGCAUCCUUUACAGAGCUGCGUGGUACUUCUUGAAGAAGGGUCAAGGACCUGAGGCGCAGAAAAUGGCGGAAGCUACCAUGGAAGCCACGUCUAAAAGGCUUGGACGAACACAUGACGAUACUCUUCACUCUAUGGAUAUGGUGGGCCGUGCCCUUAUGAUUCAGGGCCGAUGGAAGGCUGCGGAGAAGCUGUUUGUGGAAGUGAUGGAGACUCGCAAGCAGAAACUCGGACUAGAUCAUCCUGAUACGCUGACCAGCAUGGCCAACCUGGCCUCGACGUACUGGAAUCAAGGACGAUGGGACAAGGCUGAGGAGCUGGAGGUGGAAGUGAUGGAGACUCGCAAGCAGAAACUUGGACUGGAUCAUCCCCAUACGCUAACCAGCAUGGCCAACCUGGCCUCGACGUACCGGAAUCAAGGACGAUGGGACAAGGCUGAGGAGCUGGAGGUGGAAGUGAUGGAGACUCGCAAGCAGAAACUCGGACUGGAUCAUCCCGAUACGCUUACAGCCAUGAACAACUUGGCUUAUACCUGGGCAAGACCAUCCACAUACAUCUUCAUCCCUCCUGUCUUUAACUAUCUGGCGUGCCGAGUAAGAGAUAUUACAUAAGUGUCUACAAUUUCCAACCUCAGUUGCUUGUUCAAGGAUAAGUCCCUCGUCUCUACUUCUGGCGCAUGCACAGUGCCGCGCCUUUCUCGUCGCUAUGUACACCACCUACAGGUAAAUGCCCGUGCACAGACCGUUGUGGUCGUAGCGAAGCAAGUGCUACU